CAGACCUCCCUUGGCACAUGUGGCAGCGAAGCUGUAAGCACUUUCCGCGGUAUUUCCGAAGCCCCUUAAAACUCCCUGGCUGCGUUUAUUGCUGACGCGUGGCGUCUCCAGCAAGCGCGAUUCGACCCGAGCCCGCAUUUCGUGUUUUCGUCAAGCCGUUAUUUCUUCCGAGCCCGAGGCUUGAAAUAGUUUAAAGGUGCACGCUCCAAUAGUGGUUCGCAACGCCGUUUAGCAAACUCCACAUGAUCAUAUGGAACUUAUAUCAAGUAUCCCGACGUGUCAGGCCGUUCAUCUGUGUCUUUCCGGCUGCCGUCUGUGUCGUCGUUUUCCGCGCGAAAUCUCCAUCUGUAUGACACUAAUGCAAGCGGCCAGCCUAGGCAGGCUUCCGAAACAUACUUCUCAACCUCCCGUCAUGACCCGCGCGCUUCUCCUCGAGCGCCUGCAGUCGCUCGCCGCGCAGCCGCCUCCCAGCCGGCCGCCCGCCAGACCGCCUAACCAGCCGGGCGCGGAAGGUGCGGAGAGGGCGGAGGCUGCCCGGGCAGGCGGUGAAGCGAGUGCACAGCGAGGUGGAGCAGGCGCAGCAGGGGGGGUGGCUGGCGGAGGGCGCGAGGGGGAGGGGCGGGCGGAGCAGCAGCGCGGGGGCGCGCGGCUGGAGUCAGUGCUGGCCGCCAACCCCCUCGUCGCCCUGCCCGCGCGCCCCGAGCCCUCCCUGCCGCCCUACCUCUUCCCCUCGCCCGCUAGCCACCCGCCUGCCCUGGGUCUGCUCGCGCUCCCCGUGCCCACCACUCAAGAUGCUGCUCUGACGCGCAAUAACGCGCUGGCAGGAGCAGGCACUGGCACGGGCACAGGCUCGGGCACGGGCACGGGCAUGGGCAGGGGCGCAGGCAUGGGCAUGGGCGCAGGCAUGGGCUCAGGCAUGGGCGCAGGCAUGGGGGCAGGCACGGGCACAGGCACAGGCAUGGGGACAGGCAUGCGCACAGGCAGGGGCACGAGCACAUGGCAGGCAGCGAACGCGCGCAAGGAGCGCGUGGAGCGGCCUCUGUGGACCAACGAGCAGACGACAGCGCUGCUGAAAAUCAUCAGCAAGACGCUGCGGGCGCAGGGCAGGCGGCUGUCCGCCACAGUGACCAACUGGCCGCACGUGCACCGCGAGUGGCUGCGCCUGGGCUUCCCGCGCUACUCCGAGAGCCAGCUGCAGAUGCGGUGCAAAGUGGUGCGCGCGUGGGAGAAGGACAUCCGCUUCCUGCAGGCGCAGCUGCCGCCUGACGUCUCCUGGGACCCCGUCACGCAGUUCUUCAACCCGGACCCCAAGCUGGGCAUCAUUCCGCGGCUGAGGCAGCACCGCAAGUGGCGCCGCUACCAGCGCUGGACGAAGCACCUGGCGCCGUGGCUGCCCCUGGCGCGCGCCAUGUCGCGCAAGUCCCGCGCCGAGGCGAUGCGCGAUGAGGCGGAGUGGGAGGAGGAGGGGUGGGAGGAGGAGGAGGUGGAGGAGGAGGACGAGUGGGACGAGGUCGGGGAAGAGUGGGAGGAAGAGGGGGAGGAGGAGGAGGAGAACGGGGAGGAGGAGGAUGAUGACGUGGUGGAAGUGGAUGCAGUGGGCGAGGCGAGUGGGGAGGAGGGCGAGGAGGACGUUGAGGAGGUGGCGGGGGAGGACGUGCAGGGGGGAGAGGUGUGGGACGCAGUGGCGGACAGUGUGUUCCAGUCGGUGCGGGACGUGCAGGCGCUGCCUUUGCUGUCAGAGGCGCAGCGCAUGGCGGCCAUCGAGGCCUUCCUGCACCGCCCCAUCGAGGCCCACGCCUUCCAGGCCAUGGCGCCCGCGCUGCGCAUGCUGUACGUGCUGCGCGCCCACGCGCAGUUCGUCGACACCCAGCUUGCCCGCAUCCAGGCCGCCGCUGCUGCCGCAGCAGCUGUAGCAGCAACAGCAGCAGCCCCCACAGGAGCAGGAGGAGCAGGAGGAGCAGGAGGAGCGGGGGGAGCAGGAGGAAGAGGCGCGGCAGGAGCGGCAGGAGGGACAGUGGGAGCAGCAGGAGUGGCAGGAGGGGCAGCAGGGGCGGGAGGAGCAGGAGGCGUGGGGGGAAUGGACGCCUUCGGAGGUUUGGGAGGGCUGGGGUUGCUGGGUCUGUUGGGGGCAGUAGGGGGAUUAGGGGGAAUAGGGGGACUGGGCGGACUAGGGGGAAUAGGGGGACUGGGAGGUAUAGAGGGACUGGGGGGAAUAGGGGGACUAGGGGGAACGGCACAAGGGUCACAAGUAGCCGCAGCAGCAGCAGCAGCACCACCAGCAGCAGCACGAGCACCAGCAGCACCAGCAGCACCACCAGUACCACCAGCAGAAGUGGUGGCAAGAGGCAUGGCACCAAUGAGUGGCGCGGCAGGGGGUGGCACAGCUGGGUUGGGCGGCACAGCUGCGUUGGGCGGCACAGACGGAUUGUCUUUGUUGGGUCGGAGGGUGCAGGAGCUGCUGAGAGAAAGCCUGGGGGCAGUCAAUGCAGGCCAACAAGCAGCUAUUGCUGGUCAACAGGCAGUCAACACAGGUCAACAAGCAGCUAUUGCUGGUCAACAGGCAGUCAACACAGGUCAAGGGGCAGUCAAUGCAGGUCAAGGUACAGCCAAUCGGGGUCAAGCUUCAGUGAUUACACGUCAGGGCGCUGUGACUGCAGGUCAAAGGGCAGUCAACAUGCUUCAAGUGCCAGUCAACCCAGGUCAAGAAGCAGUCAAUGCUGGUCAACAGCCAGUCAAUGCUGGUCAACGGCUAGUCAAUGCUGGUCAACAGGCGGUCAAUGCUGGACGACAGGCGGUCAAUGCUGGUCAACAGGCGGUCAAUGCUGGACGACAGGCGGUCAAUGCUGGUCGACAGGCAGUCAAUGCUGGUCAGCAGCCAGUCAAUGCUGGUCAACAGGCGGUCAACGCAGGUCAACAGGCGGUCAACGCAGGUCAAGGGGCAGUCAGCAUGCGCCAAGCAGCAGUAAAUGCUGCUCCAUGGGAAGGGGCGGGUGCAGGUGACACAGGUCAAUGGGGCCAGGGGGGCCAAGGGGGCCAGGGGGGACAAUGGGGGCAAGCUGCAAUGGCUGGUGGCCAGCCAGUGUUUGUUCUAAGGCGUGUGGAGAGACCUGCUGCACAACAGACAAACAAUGCUGCCCAUGGAGCAAGUGCUACGGGUGAAGGGGCAGUCAACGGGGUUCAUUGGGGUGUGGCGGCGAGCCCAGCGCCUGUGAACGUGAGUCAGUGCGAGUGCCGGGACUGCAUGGCGGCCAGGGAGGCCGUGCGAACGCAGCAGGUGCUGGUGGACGCGCGGCUGGAUGCUGUCAACGAGUGCCAAGCUGCAGUCAACGCGGGUCAAGCAGCAGUCAACACGGGUCAAACUGUGGUACAGACAAGCAAUGCUGGUCAAGCACCCCCCAAUGCAGCUGCAGGGGCGGUGGGUGCGGGGGAGGGCAGAUCAGGUGGGGGAGGCGGCGGGUGGAGAGAAGCUUCUCUCGCAGGGCAUUCUCUGCUGGGGAGUCCGCUUCAAGGCGGGGGGUCGGGGCAGGUUGGCACACGGAGUGGGGGGCAGAAUGGGGGGGAGAAUGCAGGGCAGAGGAGGGGGGAUGGGGGAGGAGGGGGGUGGAGGGAGGCAGCACUCGUGGGCCUUCCUCUCUUGGGGAGGCCGCUUCAGGGGGACGGUGAGGGGCAGAGGGGGGGGCAGAAUGGUGAGCGCAGCGGGGCGCCAGCAGGGAAUGCUGGUGAGGCAGCAGGUGGUGCAGGUGGAGGGGGCAUCAGCAACGGCAAUGGGGGGUUCUUCACACUGUCGCACCGCUGCAUCGCGGACAGGGCUACGGGGCGGUGCAGUCUGUGCAGCAUCGUGACGGACCUCGUCAAGGAGCUGGGGGGCACCGCGGGCGAGGGGGGUGCUGGAGGAGAGGCAGGCCGGACGGCAGGGGAGGGAGGGGGGAAUGCUGGCGAAGAGAUGGGUGGGGUGGGUGCGGUGAGAGAGGUGGGGCCAGUGGAGGGUGGUGCAGGGAGGGGGAAUGACGGUCAAGGGACGAGAACUGGUGGCCCAGAGGCGGCGAAUGGAGGUCAACGGGCGGCUUUGAGUGGCGAUGAUGAUCUGAGCUCAGGGGAGCAUCUGAGUGCGGCGUGGGGAAUGAGUGACAGGGAGGAGGAGAGUGACAGGGAGGAGCAGAGUGAAAGGGAGGAGUUGAGUGAGGGAAGAGGGAUUGUGUGUGUGAGGGACGAAGCGAUUGAGCUUUCAGAUGGAGAGAUAAGUGCGGGAGAGGGCGAUGCGAUCGAUUGGGAGGGAGACUUGACCAUGGGGGGAGGGGAGACGGCUGCUGGGGAAGGAGACGUGACUAUGGGGAAUAGAGAAAUGGGUGCAGCGGAAGGAGCAAUGAGUGGGGAAGGGGCAAUCACUCAGAAGGAAAAGGGAGGAAAAAAGGCUGGGGGAGAAGCAGAUGGAGACGCUACUGUGGAGGAGAGAGACACGGAUGCAGGGGAAGCAGAGACAGAGGCAGGGGAAGCAGAGACAGAGGCAGGGGAAGCAGAGACAGAGGCAGGGGAAGCAGAGAAGAGAGCAGGAGAAGCAGACAAAAGCGCAGGGGAAGCAGACGAGAGUACAGGGGAAGCAGACAAGAGUGCAGGAGAAGCAGACAAGAGCGCAGGGGAAGCAGACACGAGUGCAGGGGAAACAGACAAGAGUGCAGGGGAAGCAGACACAGUCUCGCCAGAGGAAGCAGACGAGACUGCGAAGGUGACAGCCACAAUCGCAGGGGAAGCAGGUCAGAGAGCAGGGGAAGCAGGUCAGAGAGCAGGGGAAGCAGGUCAGAGAGCAGGGGAAGCAGGUCAGAGAGCAGGGGAAGCAGGUCAGAGAGCAGGGGAAGCAGGUCAGAGAGCAGGGGAAGCAGGGAAGAGAGCAGGGGAAGCAGGGAAGAGAGCAGGGGAAGGAAACACCAGUGCAGAGGAAGCAGACACAAAUGCAGAGGAACGAGACAAGAGUGCAGGGGAAACAGUUGUGGCUGCAGAGGAAGCAGGGACAGCUGCAGCGAAAGCACAUAAGGCGGCAGAGGAAGCAGACACAAGAGCAAGGGAUUCAGACACGACUGCAGCGGAGACAGACAAGGCUGCAGGGGAGGCAGACAAGAGUGGAGGGGGAGCAGAUAAGAGUGCUAAGGAGGCAGACACAAGUGCUGAGAACGCAGACACGACUGCAGAGGACGCAGACAGAAGUGCAGGGGAGGCAGACAAGGCUGCAGGGGAAGCAGACGAGAGUGGAGGGGAAGCAGAUAUGACUGCAGGGGAUGCAGACAAGGGUGCAGGGGAGGGAGACGAAAAUGCAGGGUUGGCAGACACGAGUGCAGGGGUUGCAGACAGCGCUGCAGCUGAAGGAGAACCCGAGGAUAGCGCAGGUCGCGCAGGCCAAGAGGAGACAGAGGAGUUGGGUGUGGAACAAGAUUCAGGGAUGGCGGGGUCCGGACGUCUGGGGGAACAAGGCGAGUGCAGUAGGUGAAGAUCGUGACAUGUACAGAAUGAUUGUGGAUUCCAUGAGUUUUGUGCACCUCCGCAGCACAAGAUCAUACCAGAUUCCCAUGGAUUUACGCCCCUGUGUUAGACCAAUAGGUCCUAUCUCGUGAUAGCCAUGCUUCGAAUUGAGAAAGCUUGCUUUCUUGUUGUGGCAACGUGCUUCAUUUCAAUUGGGUUAAAACAACGAGAAAUGGUUGGACAAUCUUGGAUUGAGUGCAGCCUAUGGAUCUGGUGGUAACCAAAAUGCCUCUCAAUUUUGAGGAGGGUGUAAUUAGAGGCUAAUUUUGUAUAACGCCUGGGUGUUGUGGAACAUGCGUAUGUGAUAUUGUUUUUCC